GCUCACGCGCCGCUCUGAGAGCUGAGUCUGAACUAGUUUGAGGAAGGAGGUAACAGAAAGUCCUUUGACUACUUUAAACAGCUUGUUGAAACAAGUACUUUUAAUUGUAAAAUAAGUACAAAAGUAACUAUUUAACGUGCGUAAUGGCUGAGAAGGUAGAUAUUGAUAUGAAGGCAGUGAACGGCGAGCCCCUAGCUAAUGGACUGGGCAUCCACAAGAAGACCGGCCGGGAGUCGCUGUCCGAACGGGUGCUCAGAAUCGUUCGGGCCAACUUGCUGGUGAUUCUCACCGUGGCCGGCGUCAUCAUCGGUGUAUUUAUUGGACUUGGGGUCCGCAACGUGGGACUGACAAAGACGCAGGAGAUUUACAUUGGGUUCCCAGGGGAGAUCCUCAUUCGACUCCUGAAGAUGAUCAUCAUCCCCCUGGUUGUGUGCAGUUUGGUGUCCGGAGCCGCCAGCAUUGAUCCCAAAGCACUGGGGAAACUUGGCGGCUGGGCCAUGCUCUUCUUCCUGGUCACCACGCUUAUCGCAUCAUCGAUCGGUGUCGUGAUGGCUUUUAUAAUCAAGCCAGGCGCCGUCGACAAACCCCCGAAGAUGGAUGGGUUGAGCGAAGAUAUGCCACCUCCUAAAGAAGUUAUAGACUCCUUCUUGGAUUUGAUCAGAAACAUCUUCCCUUCCAACCUGGUGUCUGCUGCCUUUCAGUCGUAUGCCACCUCCUACAAGCUGGUUAAAAUGAACGGCACAGACGGGAACCUUAACUUCACAGUGGAGAAGGUGCCCACUGGAACAGACCAAGAUGGCAUGAAUAUUCUCGGUCUGGUGGUGUUUGCCAUUGUGUUUGGUAUUGCGUUGAGGAAGCUGGGUGAGGAAGGAGAAAUCCUGAUCAAGUUCUUCAACUCCUUCAACGAGGCCACCAUGGUGCUGGUCUCCUGGAUCAUGUGGUACGCCCCUUUUGGUAUCAUGUUCCUUGUUGCCGGUAAGAUUGUGGAAAUGGAUGACGUUGGCAAACUAUUUGCCAGUUUGGGAAAAUACAUAGCCUGCUGCAUUAUUGGCCACGCCAUCCACGGCUUACUGGUGCUGCCGGCCAUCUACUUCCUCUUCACGAGGAAGAACCCGUACACCUUCCUGUGGGGGAUCUUCACAGCGCUGGCAACUGCUUUCGGAACAAGCUCCAGCUCUGCCACGCUGCCCCUCAUGAUGAAGUGCGUGGAGGAGAAAAACGGCGUUUCCAAGCACAUCAGCCGCUUCAUCCUGCCCAUCGGUGCAACGGUCAACAUGGACGGAGCCGCUCUCUUUCAGUGUGUGGCUGCGGUUUUUAUUGCCCAGCUGAAUGACACAAGGCUCAACUUCAUCCAAGUCAUAACCAUCCUUGUGACGGCAACAGCGUCCAGUGUUGGAGCGGCCGGUAUUCCAGCAGGUGGGGUGCUGACAUUAGCCAUCAUCCUGGAGGCGAUAGGACUACCAACCACUGACAUCUCUCUCAUCCUGGCUGUUGACUGGGUCGUUGAUCGUACCUGCACUGUGCUGAACGUGGAGGGCGAUGCGUUUGGAGCUGGACUCCUGCAGUUCUACGUGGACCGCAACGCCAAACACGAAGGAGAAGUGGAGCUGAGCGAUGUCAGGAUGGAUUCGUCUGCUGCCAUCCCUGAGCAAUCACCGCUCAUAGACAAACGAGGUUUGGAGGACAGUUCAGAACGUGCUAAGGUGGUUCAUUCCCAGGAUAAGGAAUCAGCCAUGUAAUCGUGCUAAUGAAACAAUCAAUGACUUUCUAGACGGAUCUGACACUUCUGUAAGCUGAAACCUAAGGUUCAAGCCCCCACUUUCCUUUUCUGCCUUGGAGAGAAGAGUGUAAGGUCGAGAGGACGGACGUGCGCGCUACAACGCAGAUGAAACACCCUGAACACGAUACUUUUCUGCAGGGCAGCUAAAAUCAUACAGGAUCUUUCAAAAACCAUCCAUGGGGGGUUGUUCUCUUUCUAGGGAGCUGUUGGUCUACAUUAGACAGAUUUCUAUGCAUGGAGUUGGUCCGGAUCAACUUUAAAGUCAGAAUGUCUGUGACAUCGUCGUGUACAUCUAUCUCAGAUGUUCCUCAGUCACCUAACGGUUUUGUCAUGUGGCUAGUGUAGACUAACUAACUAAAUAAUAAAUAUAGUAUACCGUAUAUAGAAAUAUAAAUUCAACUGCUUUUAAAGCUUUGGUAAUUGUGUCACUGCUUCUGACACGACGUAGAAAUCAUGGACAUUUCUGACUUUAAAUGUUAAUGAAAAUCCCUUUAGAGUCCGUUUUGCUCGGUUCCUCCACGGCUUCCAUAGUCAACAUACGGAAUCUGCUGGACCUAAAUGGGUCGGGUUCUGUUUGUUUCAGUCUUUUAUGUGACAAUUUUGUCAGUUCUGAUCUUACUUGUGAAAUUUAAGCAAGUGGGAUUGUUAGAUUUUUCAGAAAAGUUUUUAGGCAAAAUGAGUUAUUUUCAUGCAGGUUUCAUUAAAUGUUCUAUUUAAACUAAAUGCACAUAAAAAAAAGUACAUUUGGGCAGAUGAAAGUGCAGUUCUAAGCUGAAACAAGCAUGAAACUGAUAUAAAUCGAGGUACAAUAGAUCCAUUGUGUUUAUAAAAUCCUUUUUAUACAGUUCUAUGGCUUUUUUGCUCUUUAUUAAUCAAAUGUGACCAAUACCCUGUGACCAAUCAUUUAAGUAGUUAUUUAUUUUUUCUUCUAGCAGAUAAUGGGCUUGUUUUUGCACUUUUCAAAGUGCCACAUAUGCAGUAAUUCGAGCAAGUGUUGAAAAGCCAAAUCUAUUUUCUAAAAAACAACACCGAUGUAAAGAUGGACCCAAUGACUUCAUCAGAAUCCCCCAAAAGUAAACUAGUAUGAAAGUGCAGCUGCUGAUGGUUGUUGAGGCAUUCAACUCGUGCCAUUGUUUAUUCUGACCAUCAUAAUUCUGAAACGCAGUACAGAAGCGUAGCUGGAGAAGUAAGAAAGUAGCAGUUUUACAGCAAGGUCUGUAAAAGUAUCUGGUUUCUAGUAUAAGUGGAACAUUUUAUUGUCUUGCUGGUAAGAACCAAAGGUACACGAUCAUAUCUGCACUAUAGAGCAUCAAACUAUUUUUGAUUUGUUUGGUGUUGAUUCUCAAUAGUUAAAUGCUUGUAGUUGCCUCAUAUGCAGAUUUUAAUAUAUAAGAUCCUUAGGCUGUGCAAUAAUGCCUAUCCUGGUGAAAUGCAAAUCUCGCAUAGAUGUACUUUAUCAUUUUUGCCGUACACCUGCAUGAAAAUGGCCAUCAAAAAUUUAUGGGGAGAAAAAGCACAAAGAUUAGAUUUUUUUUCUUUUCCUUUUUUUUAUUUUUAAUUUAACUUGACAGGUGUGUGUGUGUGUGUGUGUUGAAAGUUGUUUUUUUAGCGUGUUCUUGGUUCUUUAAAUGUUCUCUGCCUUUCCCAUGUUAAACAGUAACAGCAACAGUACUGCUAUUUUGCUCAAAAGGACACCAAAUGAAAUUAUAGCCUCAUUGUUGGCUCAAGGAUGAAUGAAGGACUGGUUUCUGCCUUUGGAUUCUCAUGGCCUCAGGUUUGACCUUUCUCCUGUUCAACUGUUUUUAAAUGCUGAGACCAAAAAUCAGUCAGCCGAAUGAAGGAGACGGCUGAACUCUGGACACCAAAUGGCUUUAUGUCAUCUCCCUUGUGCAUGUUGUUGCCUCCAUGUUUAAAGAAGGUAUAAAUAGGUUUUAAGGCACAGUGAUGAUUGUGAUGCUAUAACACGUGUUAUAAAUACUGUAAAUGUCAUGCAAGUGUCACAUUACUUCCACUGCAUGUUUGUGUUCACAUGAUUGUGAUUGCAGUCCUGCCUUGGAACUGAGUUUGUCGGGAGUUUUAUUUAUUUUAAUCAAAAGUCCCAAAGAGGGUUUUAGCCAUGCUGGUAAAUCCAAAAAUGUAUUUCCCUUUUUUUUAAAUCUUCUCGUAACUGGACGGCGUCUGACAAUGUUUGUUUUUCUUUUCCUUCUUUGCUCCAGAUUCUAAUUUAAACGUUUUUUGUUCAACAGGUUGUUGAAUUUGUACACUGAAGUAAUUGUUUUUUUUUCCUGCCACAAAUGAACACUUCAUAGUCCCAUUUCUGAAGACCAUCUGUUAGUCUCAUCAUUUCUUCUGUGAAUUUGUGGAAAAACUGCAAAAUUACAAAUAGUUUCAUAAAAUUGUAAAAAAAUGUUAAAGUUCCUUUCUGAAAUCUCACACGUGGAUGCCUGCUGUAGUCGUAUGAUUUGUAUUUGCUUUUAAUGGCUGCAUAGUUUUUACAAUGAGGCUAUUAUGUAAAACUGGGUUAUGUUUAGAAAUAAAAAAGUCUUUUUGUAUAAAA